AAAUGGUGGUGUCUGUCGCAGUUUUGACUUUUUGACGUAAAUUAUUCGUGUAGUAAAUAUGGCUGACGAACUCAAUGUUGACAGUCUAAUUCACAGACUUUUAGAAGUUCGAGGAUGCAGACCUGGAAAAACAGUCCAGAUGUCCGAGUCGGAGGUCAGAGGCCUUUGCACCAAAUCCAGGGAGAUAUUCUUACAACAGCCUAUAUUACUGGAGCUGGAGGCACCACUCAAAAUUUGUGGUGACAUUCAUGGUCAAUACACAGACUUACUACGUUUGUUUGAAUAUGGGGGUUUCCCACCAGAAGCCAACUAUCUUUUUCUUGGUGACUAUGUAGAUCGUGGCAAGCAGUCCCUGGAAACCAUUUGCCUCUUACUUGCUUACAAAAUCAAAUACCCAGAAAAUUUCUUUCUUCUUCGAGGCAAUCAUGAAUGUGCCAGCAUAAAUCGUAUUUAUGGUUUCUAUGAUGAAUGUAAACGUCGAUACAAUAUUAAGCUAUGGAAAACAUUCACGGACUGCUUCAACUGUCUGCCUAUAGCUGCCAUCAUAGAUGAAAAGAUAUUCUGCUGCCAUGGUGGCCUCUCACCUGACUUACAGGGCAUGGAACAAAUAAGACGGAUAAUGAGACCCACAGAUGUUCCUGAUACAGGUUUACUCUGUGAUCUACUGUGGUCAGACCCAGAUAAAGAUGUACAAGGCUGGGGAGAGAACGACCGUGGAGUGUCAUUCACCUUUGGACCGGAUGUUGUAAGCAAAUUCCUCAAUAGACAUGACUUGGAUUUGAUCUGUCGUGCUCAUCAGGUAGUAGAAGAUGGCUAUGAAUUCUUCGCAAAGAGACAGCUGGUUACUCUGUUUUCUGCACCAAAUUACUGCGGUGAAUUUGACAACGCUGGCGGCAUGAUGUCUGUUGACGAAACGCUUAUGUGCUCCUUCCAGAUUCUGAAACCAUCAGAGAAAAAAGCUAAAUAUCAGUACAAUGGUAUCAACAGCGGGAGGCCAGCCACGCCCCAGCGGUCACCGCCCAAGAAGAAAUAAUUGACGUUCGGGUUCCAGUGUGCUGCACAGUGAGACGAAUGCUACAAAUAAUUAAUUAUAUCAUGUAUUAUAAUUAUUAUGUUUAGUUGGACAUAGCCGAAUAAAAUGUCGCAUAUUGUUAAAAUUAUUUAUCAACUCGCUUGUGCCUUCUUAUUUUUAAUUUUAAUUAAUGUGAGUGAUAUUAAUUUAUGAAUUUAGUUCUACAAAGAUUUGGUGGAUAUUGAUUGGACAUUAAAUGAUAUAUUUGGCGACGACUCGGUGACUAUAGCUUUUUCGAUCCCUAAUGUAUUGCAGCCCUAGUUAUUGUGUUGUACCUUGUUAUGUGACAUGUUGAUGUUCUAGUGAAAUUAUUUUGUUAACUUUAAAGAGUUUGAAGUGGCGGGUGAUCUUAAAUAUGCGGGCAUUGGACACAAGCGUCAACACCUUUAUAAUUACUAUUAAGUUGUAGUGGAUCGAAAGCACAUUCGCUUUGUUUAUUCUAUUACUAAUGUGCCUAUAAAUGUAAAGUAUGUAUAGGUCUUGUAUAAGUAACGUAAAUUGGAUUUAAUUUCGAAAAUUCUAGUAUCACAUUGAUGAUAAUUCAACAAAACGUUAAUCUAUUUGAUUGUUAUUUACGUUGCGCAAUUUAGUUAUUUUAAUUUAUCUCAAUUAUUCAAUAACCCUAUUGUGGAGCUGGCCUAAACCAUGAGAUAUUAACCUCCCCUUGUUAUAGCUGCUAAGUGUUUCUAUCUAUCAAUCCUAAGAUUCACAUCUAUAUAGUUAUGUUUAGAGUUGUAUUUCCCAGUGAAAUUAAUGUUAAUUUGCACUCAGUAUUAUUCCUAAAGAGUAAGUAGAUAUUUCAAAAUUUUUUAACAUUGGUAUGAUCUCCCCUUGAGAAGUUUCGUAACAGUUGGCAUUAAAGUGUCUUGGAAUGAAUUCAUAAUUUAAUUAAUGGUGGUAGUAACAGUGUAGUCCUCGCAAAAAUAGUGCAAUUGCUAUAUUCUUAUAAUAUAAAAUUAUAUGCAGGUUUUGCAUUGUACAAUUUUAUUUUUAGCUAUGUUAACAAUGUCAAUGAUUUUCAUUUAAUAAUAAAUAUAACUAUUUAAACUAAGAGAUUUAUUUUUUGUUUCAUUUUGGUUUGCAUUUACAACAAUAAUUGUAAUUAUCAAUAUUCUAUAAUUUUUCUGAAUGUACUUUGCUAAUAGAAGAAUCAUUUCAUAUAAUGAAGUAAUUUUUAUCUUUUCUUAAUUAUAGCUUUAUAAAUCUUUCUAUUUAGUAUGUUGCUAUUAAAUUUCAAUUAUAUUAUAAUCUAUGUUCUUUCUAUGUACAUCUCAAAUGUAUAGAAGUAAAUAGGUAGCUGGUAAAAUGAAUGCAGCAACAUUAGUUUUAUGUGAUUCUGUCACUUACUAACUUAUUCUAUUUUCAUCUACACUAGUAAAGUUAACUUACACAGAAAGUUGAGUUUAAAAUUAUUAUGAUAAAUUUCGUUGUACUUUUCUCAGGUGUGUACAAUUUUCUGAAAUAUAAAUUUUAUUCAAAUAAUUUAAUGAUGUAUUCAUCUAUUUAUUCUUGCACUUCCAAAUCUUUUUCCACCCAAUUUAUUUCAUCAGGAUGUUGUUUGAUAGGUAACAUGAUUUUGGUCAAAUUUUGAUGAUUUUCAAUUUUUGCAUUUAUUUUUGUGAUAAAGUCUUCAUUCUUUUUUUGAUACUUCUGUAUAUCUAGUUGUAGAGCUUUUAGGUAACCCCUCUUCGCUGUAACAGUUUUUUUCAAUCUGUUCACUCUGCUUUCAUAUUCUUUAGCCAAUGAUUCUAAUAAAGCCUUUUGCUUUUGUAGAUUACUUAUGUCACUGGCUUUUAACUGUGCUUUAACAUCAGCAAGCUGCGGUCUCCUAUGAAUUGAAAAGUAAAAAAGUCUUUUAAUAAGUCUGGAAGUAAUAUUAAAUUUGUUUUUUUCUUUUAUAAUAAGGCAUGUCCACAUCAAGCAAGCAGACUCACUACAUCUGAUGGCCGCAAAAACAUUGUAUAUUGAAAGAUAUUUAAAAAAUUUACUUUAACGGUAUCCCAGCAGCACAAUGUACCUCACUAUUUGAAACUGAUCCCAAUGAAAAUGCCUCACAUGAGGCUGCUUGCUAGUAUGGACUUGCCUUUUCAGUAAGUAAAUGAUCAUACACAGACCAUAAUUUUUUUUCAGCAUCUAC